UCAGAAGCGGGAGGAAUUGACGCGUCCGGAAGGACGGACAGCUUCGCCGUUGCUAGGCGACAAGGCAGGCACACCUGAGCGCUCUCCGGACCCAGAGACCGGCUCCCUCCCCACAGCAGUCAAAAUAGCUGCUUCAGAAGACAGGCGACUGCAGAACUAACUACUUUGGCAGAAGACAGGAAAGCGAUUCUUUUGCUGUCAGAUGUCUUUCUGCUUGACUGAACUACACCUGUGGUCUCUGAAAAGCACCUUACACAUUGCAGAUAGAGACAUCGGCGUGUACCAGUACUAUGACAAGAAAGACCCACCAGUAUCAGCAACAGAGCAUGGUAACUUAGAAGAAAAACAAAGGCUGGCAGAAUCACGAGAUUAUCCUUGGACACUCAAAAACAGACGCCCAGAAAAACUUCGAGACUCACUGAAAGAGUUGGAGGAACUGAUGCAAAACAGUCAGUGUGUGCUGAGCAAAUGGAAGAACAAAUACAUCUGUCAGCUCCUCUUUGGUUCAGGUGUGCUGGUGUCUCUAAGCCUUUCUGGGCCUCAGCUGGAGAGAGUGGUGAUUGACAGGAGCCUGGUGGGGAAGCUCAUCUCGGACACCAUCAGUGACGCUCUUCUUACAGACAAUUUCAUCAUCUUAUCCUUUUUGGCACAAAACAAACUAUGUUUUAUUUCGUUUGCAAAGAAGAUGGAUUCUCUUGAUGUAAACAAGAGAUUGGACAAACUUUCAGCCUUGGAUUAUAAGAUUUCCUACUAUGACAUACCUGGCCCUGCAAACAGGACAGUAGAGCGUCACUUAGCCAUCAACUCCAUUCAGGAUCUAGUUGUUUGCUGGUGGCCACUGGUCAGUGAUGACGCUUGGCCUUGGACUCCAAUUUCUUCUGAAAAGGACAAAGCCAAUAUCCUGCUUCUGGGUCUUACUCAAGGAGGACUGGAGGUUCUGAGCUCUGUCCGCACAGAAUGGAAUCCUCUGGAUGUUUACUUUGGCACCAAACAACCUUAUCAGGUGUUCACAGUGGAGAGCUCCGUCAGCGCAGACAAGGAGCCCAUGGCUGACAGCUAUACCUAUGAAUGUGUCCGGAACCAGCUCCAUUGCACAUCAGUUACCAGAAUACCACUAAGAUCGAAGGCCAUCAGCUGUUGCAGGACUUCUGCUGAGGACAAGCUGAUUGUGGGCUGUGAAGACUCUUCAGUGAUUCUCUAUGAAGCCCACCGUGGGGUGACUCUCCUGGCCCAGGCUGAACUUUUGCCUUCAUUAAUAAGCUGCCACCCAAGUGGUGCCAUUCUGCUGGUUGGCAGCAGCCAAGGGGAGCUGCAAAUCUUUGACCUUGCUCUAUCCCCUAUUAGCAUCCAGCUCUUGGCUGAAGAUCGCUUACCCAUGAAGACUCUGCAAUUCAGUAAAUUCUUUGAUGUCUCAAGCAGUCUCGUUCACAUGCAGUGGAUAGCUCCCCCCGUUAUUUCCCAGAAGCCUGAAGGAGGAGAAAUCUGUGACCUCCUCUUCCUCAGGUUCAGCAGAGGGCCUUUGGGUGUGCUGUUGUUUAAACUUGGAGUCCUCACUCGAGGACAGCUGGGCCUGGUGGACCUCAUCUUCCAGUACAUUCACUGUGAUCAGGUGGACGAGGCAGUAAACAUCCUGAGCAGCAUGAACUGGGACACGCUGGGCCAGCAGUGCUUCAUCAGCAUGAGCGCCAUCGUGAACCACCUUCUUAGACAAAGGCUCACUCCCGAGAAAGAAGCACAGCUCGAGGCAAGCCUUGGAACCUUCUAUGCUCCAGCAAGACCACUUCUGGAUACAACGAUUUUGGAAUAUAGAGACCCGAUCGGCAAAUACGCCCGGAGGUUCUUCCACCACUUGCUCAGGUUCCAGAGGUUUGAAAAGGCCUUUCUCUUAGCUGUUGACAUUGGUGCGCGUGACCUAUUUAUGGACAUUCAUUACCUCGCCCUGGAUAUGGGUGAACGGGCACUGGCUGCAGUGGCAAGAAGAAGAGCAUAUGACACUGAUGUGGAGUCGGUAUCCUCUGGAGUCGAACUCCUGGGGGCCCUGGACAGAAGGGACAUGCCAAAUGAAGUGUUUGCUGGCUUGGCUUUAACACCUGAAGGAGAAAGCACAUUUCCAGAUCCUCUUCCUUCCAUUGGUUCAAUGCACAAACAUACUAUUCAAAAGAAAAGGCCAAGUGCCCCUUCUAACAGGAGGCUCCCGCCUGAGAGACAGGCACUUGAGAGAAGGGAUGAGGAGGAGGACUCCUGCACUGACUCUUCAGUGGGCACCACCUGGGAUGCAGAAGGAGAACUGAAGGAAGACCAAAGGGAGCAGGACAUUGGAGAUGUUGGUUCCCUCAGAAUGGUUCACUUUGGUUUGGUGUAAAUCAUCAGGAACUCCACGAAGAAACCUGCCCUUUUCAUAUCUUUUAUAUUGACCUGAUUCGAUAAAACCCUCCAUGUAUGGAUUUUAAUAUACGGAAAGCUGGCGCAUGAAGCAUGGCAUAACGAUAGCAAAGUAACCCUAAAUAAAGUUCUCAAUGGCUUAUG